GGAGCGACGGCGGUAGGACCCGGAGGAUGUGAGAGAGAGCGUGUGGGACGAGCCCGGCUCCGGCUGCGGGGAGCUCGGCCCUGCGGCUCCGGGGGUGCUGCUGAGCGAGAGGCAGCCUCCUCCUCUCGGCCAGAGGCAGGAGCGAGGCGGAGCGGCGGGGAAGGCAGAGCCGGCAGCCCGUGUGAGCCCCAUGGGCCGAGCGCCUGCGAGAAGGGGAGGAGGAGCCGGCCCGCCGCCCGCCGCCCGGGGAUGGUGAGGAGGCGGCGGCUGCCGUGAGCCCAGUUAGGCCUUCGCUCGGCGCCCGCCCGCCAGGCUCUCCCUUCCUCCGCUCGCUCGCUCCCCCCUUCCCUCCCCUUCCCCUGCCUCUUUCCCCUGCCGCCGCCGCCGCCGCCCUCCCAUCACCUCCACCCUGGGCUCCCGGAGCCAUAAGUAGCCGAGAAGGAGAAAGACAAGAAACAAACCAUCCCUUUUGUGGAUCCUUCUGCUGGAGUUCAGGAAUUUCAACAGUGAUCUUUUGACACGAACCGAUCUACCAAGAGACAUUCCCGCCAUUAUGAAUGAAGUAGCGAUAGUGAAGGAAGGAUGGCUCCACAAACGAGGAGAAUAUAUCAAAACAUGGAGGCCACGAUAUUUUCUUCUAAAGAACGACGGGACGUUCAUUGGCUACAAGGAACGACCACAAGAUGUUGACCAACGAGAAUCGCCUUUAAAUAACUUCUCAGUAGCUCAGUGCCAGCUGAUGAAGACAGAACGACCUAAACCAAACACAUUUAUCAUUCGAUGCCUCCAGUGGACCACAGUAAUUGAAAGAACAUUUCAUGUGGAGACUCCAGAGGAGCGGGAAGAAUGGACAAAAGCCAUCCAAACUGUGGCAGACAGCCUCAAGAAACAGGAGGAAGAGAUGAUGGAUUUUAGAUCUGGUUCUCCUAGUGAUAAUUCAGGUGCUGAAGAAAUGGAAGUUUCUAUGACAAAGCCAAAACACAAAGUGACCAUGAAUGAAUUCGAAUACCUUAAGCUACUGGGAAAAGGCACUUUUGGAAAGGUCAUUUUAGUUAAAGAAAAAGCAACCGGACGGUAUUAUGCUAUGAAAAUUCUGAAGAAGGAAGUUAUUGUAGCAAAGGAUGAAGUAGCUCACACGCUGACAGAAAACCGUGUUCUACAAAACUCACGGCAUCCAUUCUUAACAGCUUUAAAGUAUUCCUUUCAGACACAUGAUCGCUUGUGUUUUGUCAUGGAGUAUGCUAAUGGAGGGGAGUUGUUUUUCCAUCUGUCGAGAGAGCGCGUAUUUUCUGAAGACCGGGCACGUUUUUAUGGAGCUGAGAUUGUUUCAGCGCUGGAUUACCUGCAUUCAGAGAAGAAUGUGGUUUACAGAGAUUUGAAGCUGGAAAAUCUGAUGCUGGAUAAAGAUGGACACAUAAAAAUUACAGACUUUGGACUGUGUAAAGAAGGCAUAAAAGAUGGAGCAACAAUGAAGACUUUCUGUGGCACUCCAGAGUAUCUCGCACCAGAGGUGCUGGAAGAUAAUGACUAUGGUCGUGCAGUGGACUGGUGGGGAUUAGGAGUUGUAAUGUAUGAAAUGAUGUGUGGCCGGCUCCCUUUCUACAAUCAGGACCAUGAAAAGCUCUUUGAACUCAUCCUUAUGGAAGAGAUUAGAUUUCCACGCACUUUGUCACCUGAAGCAAAAUCUCUCUUGUCAGGCUUGCUGAAGAAAGAUCCUAAGCAGAGGUUAGGAGGCGGUCCUGAUGAUGCCAAGGAGAUUAUGCAACACAAAUUCUUUGCUGGCAUUGUUUGGCAAGAUGUAUACGAGAAAAAGCUUGUACCUCCGUUUAAGCCACAAGUUACAUCGGAAACAGAUACCAGGUAUUUUGAUGAAGAAUUUACAGCACAGACUAUUACAAUCACUCCUCCUGACCAAGAUGACAGCAUGGAUUGUGUAGACAAUGAGAGAAGACCUCAUUUUCCUCAGUUCUCCUAUUCAGCCAGUGGAACCGCUUAAUGUUUUGCAGUGUUUUCCCACUCAGAAACAAAACAGACUGCAUUUUGGGGACCUUACUUCAAUGGACACUAGAGAACUUUCUAUAUUAUCUGAAUUACAAACUGUGUUUGUAUUACGAUUUAGAUGAAUUUGUAGGAAGCCUCACAGAUUCUGUAUUUAAAACAAUUCUUUGAUGCAUUUUUGAGAAGGAAAACAAAUCCAUUCGUAAAGUAUUACGUCAAGGCUCUUAUGCUGAACGACCGUAGGUUUGUAAGAAUAUGCACCAAAACUGUUUACUUUAGAAUGAAUUAAGGUAUUCAACAUAUCAGCAACUCUGACCAGAAAAUCCCCUCGUUUUAUUUAUUUCAUACAGUUCAUUGUCUAAAUAUAGAAUCUGCACUCUGAACAAUUAGAUUUAUAUAGGAAGAUAUAAGACUUUAGUAGUUAGUGCAAUAAUAGAAGCAACAAAGUGAACAAACUCUGGAGGAAUUAAGGUUCAAACUCAUUUUGGACAGCAGUCGAAGUGUCAUCCAGCUCCAGAAAACCAACUAUAGGAACAGCAUUAAUGGCCUCAGUGAGGUAAAUCAAAAAGCAAAAGUUAUUUUUGUUAUAACAUCUGCUACAAGACAUUACAUAUCAAACCGAACCCAGUGGAAUCUGGUCCAUUGCUGCGUAGUACAGAUGAGUAUUCCAGUCAGGACAGCGCAUUUAAUUAUUCCAUCUGUGUAGUUUAGGAAUACUCCAUAGGAUUGGCUUCUCAGAACAAAGCAAAUGCUUCAUUUACCAAUUAAUAUGAACUGCAACAACACAGAAUCACCCGCUUUCACCACUGUAUACAAAUACCGUACAGGUCUACGUGAGAAACCAUCUGACCGAGCGAGUUGCCCAGGCAGACGUCCAUUUUGGCACUGAAGUAAUGACUUGUUGCCGCUUUUUUUUGUCGUUGUUAUGAAAAGAUAUAUGAAUAUAUAUAAACACUUAAUGAUUUUUUUCUUUUGCAUCAUGCCAGAUCAUUUCCUCUUUCUUGAGUGUGCAUUAAAGGUAUCAGCUGACAGUUCACGGUGCCUUCUCACUCUUGAAGAUUCACUUUAACAGUGUUUCCCAUGUAUAAGGAAAAAAACAAAACCCAGGUUGGAACUUCACUCAUGUUGGAAUAAUAAUGGUGUUCAAAAAGUGAAUUCUUUUUUUGUUUGUUUGUUUUUCAUUUUUUUUAACCAUAGUGGAAACCCCCCGCGCCCUACUUUUGUUGUAUCCGUUCCUUUGUAAUUUCCAUCCAAGCAAUCUUAUUCUGUCUCUCCUGCGAAUGAAUUUAUUCCAUUGUAGGUUGCAUUCUCUUAAAUUGCUUUCUCAGUUGUUGUUUGGUUGUGUUGGUUUAUUUUUUGUUGUUCUCUUGACUGUAUAAAAGCCGAUGCCGUGUACCACCGUUCAGUAGCAUUUGAUUUUUUGUUUGGAAAGGCGUAUAUUCUGAACCCCUUUGCUUCCCCUUUCCAUCAGAGCCUGCUGUGUUUGCACAGAGAACAGUCAUCGUUUUUUUUUUUUUUUAACAAUGUUCAACUCUAGUAUUUUUACUUAUGAUAUGGAAGUUUCCCUCCAGAUACUUCAAUAAAACUUGCUUUAACACGUUA